AUUGUACUCCGUUUUUUUUUUUUUUUUAAGUUGUUUUCAUGGUAAUAAUUUUUUCAUGCUACGUACACUGGCUAGCCCUGAUCUGUACUUUGCUCAAGGGAACGAAAGUGGUGCAAGCAGACAUCAUUCGCGCCAACUUCAUUUUUGGUCUUCAACCUGUCAACUUGGCGCCCACAAGCCAAGUUCUAACAGCGAGUGCGGCAAUGCCCCAACGGGCAACAAACACAGACUUAGUGCCCCCCCCACACCCCCCUCUCCCCAACCUCUGAAAGCAGGACUUCAAUUACAUGGCUGAGUGGUGCUUUUAGGGCCCAACAAAAGGCAGAUCCGGCUGGUUGGCAUGGCAACAGAGGCGGGAGAGGAGAUCUCUCGACACACAGUCACUAAGCCAAACAUUACUUUGUGAAUAUUCGCACACGGAGGGACAAGAAGGUUGGUGUUGAACCUGCUCUUUGACAUCAUGGACACACAUUGCUAGUUUGGUUCGGCUCACACUUUACAAUAAAUGUCUGGACAAGGAUGUGGGCUGACCAGUGACGGUAAGGACGGAACUUCCGUAAACUCUUUUUUAAUUUAAUUUUUUUAAUGACACCACUUCAAUUUUAAUGAUAAUGAAGCAGCUUAAUGUCGGGAUCUAGAAUUUACAACGCCAUAAAUAUUAUUAACAAGUGUUGUAAUGUCAACAAACUGAUCUCAGGCCUUCGCAAAACAAUGACUGCAGAUUAAUUUGGCCGGUUUCUGUAAUUCUUUCGACUCACUAUUGAGCAGGAUUUUGGUCAGGAUUUACCAGAGCUUUGAUACAUUUCGGCCACAGAGAGCAAGGAAAUGAUAUGAAAUGAAAAAUGGCAAAUUAAUUGUCAUUUCCAUUAUGGAAAUGGAAAGAUUUGCAUUUGGUUAUUUUAUUUUACAUAUGUAUUUUUAAUAAGACCCCAAUUUCUUGGGCAAUAGAGUACAAAUUGACAAUCAUGUUCCUGUCCUACUACUAUUACUACUACUAAUACUAAUAAUAACACCAACAAUUUGACAAAGUUGCUAUGUAUCGCUCACAAGUCAUUUUCUAGUGUUGAAAUUCUACAUUUUCCCAGUAUUAAUGAUUUCCAACCAUUUUGCCACCAGUUUCGCUUAAUUAUGACAAAUUUACUGGAAAUGAUAUCUAUUUGUUCCAUGCCAGCAAAGUAUAGCGACAGGCAGCACAAUUUAAGUGCCCUCACACUAGAUUGCAGAAGGUACAAUUGACUUGUUGCCAUUCCUAGAUGGCAUAGAUAUCUAAACCGGGCCAGAUUUCACAAUGACUAAUUAAAUUAGCACCGUAUCAUUCUUGUGACAUUUUUGCUUGGUGGUGUAUCGUGAGAUUCUUCCAGAUUAUCUCCACCAUGUCCAUCGUGACCAAUCAACCUCUUCCCUACGGCCGACUGGAACGAGAGAAUCACAUUCGCAUGAUAUUCCGAGCCUUCCAAAACAAAUGCGGUCCCGUGUGUGAGUGCCAAUCUCACCCACCCGCAUGCAAAUCUCUCCAAAUGUCCGGUAAGCCCGUUCCGGGUCUGCUGAGGAGCGAGGACGGCGCGGGAGGGUCAUCCAACUCUUUGAGUGUGCUGGAUGAAGUCACUCAGUUUCAUGUCACUGCAAGGCCUCAACUUCAGGGUCCACAGUGUGUUCCGCAGAGGAUCUACAGCAUUGCCACGGGAGCCAGCAGGUCGCAACUGUUUGUGGUGGUUGAAGAGAGCUCAUGCGUGUGCCUUCAAUGUUGUGGUCCAGCUCGGUCUUGCUGCUUGCAGGGCUUCAACCAACAAGGCCACCGGGUUUUCUACUUCGACAGACCUCUCAGGAUGGACGCCUGCUGCCUCGGCUGCUGCCUGAUGGAAAUAAGCGCGUACACGGGCCAGAAGCAGCUCAUCGGCACCGUGUACCAAAGGUGGAGCAUGUUCACGCCUCUCUUUGAAGUUAAAGACUCCCAGGGAACGGCUGCAGUCCAAAUUCAGGGCCCCUGCUGCCCAAUUCGCUGCUUGUCAAAUCAGCAAUUCCAGAUUGUCUCCAAUAUCGGUGAGAAUGUUGGUACCAUAUGGAAGAAAUGGCCUGGCUUUCACCAAGAUCAUAACAUGGACCAUGAAUACUUUGGGAUGGAAGUGCCACCUGGCAUGGAUUCACAAACCAAACUGUUGCUUCUGGCAGCUACAUUCUUACUGAAUUACAUGUUCUUUGAGAUGAGCUGAAGGACGAUAAUUUAUGGGUAAAAUGUCAACAGGACUGUAAGUUAUUUAAAAAAAAUAACUUGGUCUCUGUUUCUCUCUACCAGUACUUUAAAAGGCUAGCCAGCAUGUAAUUAUUAAAGACA